AGUUGACGGUUAUACGUCGAACUGGAAAGACGUGUGUAUGUUAAGAAUUUAAUAUUUAUAAUAAUUAUUUUACAUUAAAUAAGUCAUAGUGUUAGUUUUUGAAGUGUUUCCUAAAGUAUAAAAGUGAAAAAUACCAAACAAUUUGGUUUAAAUCUAUUCUAAACUCAAACUCAAAAUACUUCAAGAAAAAGUUUUAGAUAUUAGUGUCUUCGUGUUUGAAAUACAUUUUAAGGACUAGUGCUUAACAAAGUAAUUUAAAAACCUAGUGUUUAAGUGUCUAAGUGUAAGGAAAACCAGUCGAGUCUAACGGUUCCGGUGCAAGAACACCCUAUUUGAAAACAGGAAUCAUGCUAUAACGACUAUAUAAGUACUUACAAACCUGGGGAAAGUACUACGCUUAAAACAAAAAGAUGGAUUCACCAAAAAUCGUGUACAAAUACUACACAAAUCAAGCAUUUUGUCCACAAAGCGAAUCUGUGUACGCUCAACAAAAAUGCAAAACAAAAAUCGUUUCGCCAGAGAGGCAACGCAUGCCGCCUUUAGGCGCAAAUUCACCAAGAAAGGUAGAAGUAAACAAUAGAAUUUUAAGGACAGAUAUCUCUGAUAAUCCUUUACGCAUGUCUCCGGCUGGGGCUCCAAGGUACAGAGAUGAAGAGCCACCAGAACUGCCACCAAAACCCGCCAAGUUUAUUAACCGAAGCUUUCAACGCCAAUCGUCUUUAGUCUACAAACCGACGCGGUCAGUGCGCUGUAGAACAAGAAGUGAGGAUCUGGAAAUGGCUCAAUUAAAACAACAGAGGUUAUCCAGAUAUGACAGGCAAAACAGUGACGAUGGACUUGAGGAUAGCAGGACCAAACAUAGGUACGAAGUCAUACAAGACUUAGAUGAUAUUGCUGAUUAUUCGCCAACAAAAAAGAGAAUAGUCCAAGCGAAAGAUGACGAAAUUGACGAAUACAAUGUUGAUGGACCUGAUGAAAACGAACUGAAGGAAAUACCAACUGAAAUUGUGAAGACUGUUAACGGAAGAACGCUGAGAUAUGCUAUCAUACCUUCCGAAGAUGAGGAGCCAAGAAAAAUGAACGUGACAUUCACAUCGCCUGUUAUGUCAAAGAAGAAUUUGAUUGCGACACAGAAGCUUCACGAAUUGCUUUCAACGCCUAGGAAACUAAAGAGCUAUGCGAGUCAGCCUUCAGUCAGAAUAACCCCGAAUAAAGCUAUGGAAAAUAGGUAUUCUGAGACGCCUAGAAAGUUUGCCGCUAGCACACCUACUCACGGAGUGACACCAUCUAAAUCCUGUGCCAAUUUAACAUCACGGACCAGUGUCCCCACUUCCCCCAUUUCACCAAAAGCCCAACAGAAAUUAAACUAUGGUGUGCCUGAACAUGUGCCUGAGAAUCUGCCCUUUGACAGGCAUGAUGUCUUCGUGACUAGUUUUAGAGAGAAGAGAGACAGGAGUUUUGAACUGGAGAGGGAGUUGAGUAGAGAAAAACGGGAUUAUGACAAGAGAAGAGAAAGUCAGAGGAAGGAUAAGAAUACUGCUGUUAUUAUACCCAGAGUGGCAGCGCCCCCAUCAGUAUAUUCUGAAGAAACGUACAAAUCGUUUUCAAGCAUGAAGACUAUAUCGGGAGCUACGGCCUCCUUGCUGAUCGCAGCUGUGAUGCUUACCAUGUGCGGAGGCCUGACAACAGGACUGAGUUUCUACAUGAUGUAUGCUAUUGGCAGGCGCUACUAUCUAGACUUCGGCGUGCUGGCUGGGUUCACCUGCUUCCUUCUAGGACUACUCGGGUUAAGGGCGAGAAGACAACAGUUGUUACCAAAUAGGAAUUAUAUUUCGGGCUACAUCGUGCUAUCAUCGUUCUCACUCCUCAGUGCCUUUGGUCUCCUGAUCCUGCUGUCCGUGGAACCGAUGCCAGGAACCCCAUUAAAUGACAUAACUUCAGGAGCAGUUUGUGGAUUCAGUAUUCUCUCUCUGUGCCUCGCGUCUAUCGGCGUUUUAGCUUCAUACUGUUGUGUUAAAGACCCGCCUGAUAACAGAGUAGGAUCCACUAGGUGGUAUUGAAUUAAAUAAGAGAUUAUGAUAAGGAUUUUAACACCUUGAACGACAUUUGGAGUAUAAAAUAAGGGGUGACAUUAGCUCCGCUAUCGACGCAUUAAGGACGCUUUGACGGCAUCGCUCCAAUACAGCGAUAAACUUGUUAUUUGAAUUUGAACAUUAAAUCGUGUGUCGUACGAUAUGUUUUAUACCGUCAAUACAAAAAAGCUGUAAGCGCGCUGUCAGCGAGCUGACGCCGCUUUAUAUGGUUAACAAAACAAAAAUAUCGUGCCGUUUAUGUGUGCGUUGACACUCACUCAAAAGUUCUCUGUCGCCAUUUGACUAAAGAGGGCAAGUGUUAAAUUAAUAACUUAAGGGAUCAAGGGGUGAUUAAACAGUGAUAAUGGAAGCAGACCUGUUUUUUAAUUAUAAUAUUUCAACUCGCUUAGUUCCGUUGAUCUAAAAUGACCCUAUCCAUAACCAUAUCCUCUGGAGAAAUAUUAAAGUAUUGUAUUAAGAAUUUACGGGCAAUGUGUGUGAAACAAGGAGAUUUGCAACUAUUACUAUUUACUAUUUAUCUAUGCUAAUAAUAUAAGAAUCAACAAUAGUCGAAAAACAUAAUUGCUAUGAUGUAAUAUUCAGGCGCAGUGAUUCAAAUUCUUUUUUUUUUAUCGAUUUUCCUUUGUAUGGUACAAAUAGUUUUCUUGUAAAUUUUAGUUAUUAGUAAGUAAUAUAAUUUUAUUGUGUAUGAAUUUCAUUGAAGUUUGAAAUUGCUUACUUAGGUACUUAUUGCGAAAAAACCAAAGUUGGACAAAAAAAUUGAGAUUGAUUGUACUUUUUUUUGAUAAUUCUAUAAAUUGUUGUAAAUUUUAAAUAAAUCUGGAUUACUAUUAU